AUGGAUGAUGAAGAAUUUGAAAUAGCUGAUGAUGAUAAUGAUGAAACAACAACUGAUCUCAACAUGAAUGAUGACAAUAAUGAUGAUUUUCCUUCUAAUGAUAAUUAUAGUGAUGAAGACGAACAAGACGAUGCUCGAAAUUUAAUAGAUGCAAGGAGAGAAGACUUUGUUGGAAUAAGAGUCCUUAAUACGGUCCAGACUCACAUAGAACAUUCUUAUUUUAAAGUUACAAUCAAUGAUAAUAUACAAUAUAUACAUAAACAAACUGCUUGUUAG